AGACUGAGCAGGAGCAGCAGAACUUUUCACCACAUCAUGAGGAUUUUCAUCUUCUCCAUGCUGAUUGGGUUUGGAUGCGGCACUCAGCUUCUGUCGGAGAUGUACGGUACCAUUAUGUCUCCUGGCUUCCCAGAGCCGUAUCCCAGAGACACUGAGCGGAACUGGAACAUCAGCGUUCCAGCAGGGUUCCGGAUCAGCCUGUUCUUCACCCAUUUUGACCUGGAACCAUCUUACCUGUGCGAGUAUGAUUAUGUCAAGGUGGAGGCAGAGGGGAAGGUGCUGGCUGUGUUCUGUGGGAAGGAGGAGACGGAUACAGAGCAGGUACCGGCCCAGCGGGUCAUCACCUCCCAUAGAAGCUUCCUCAGCAUCUGGUUUUCUUCGGAUUUCUCCAACGAGGAGCGGUUCUCCGGCUUCGUGGCUCACUACAGUGCUGUUGAUGUGGACGAGUGCAACGAGCACAGCGACGAGGAGCAGCUCUGCGAUCACUUCUGCCACAACUUCAUUGGGGGAUACUACUGUUCCUGUCGCUAUGGAUACCAGCUGCACACAGAUAACCAUACCUGCAGAGUGGAUUGCAGCGGGGCUGUGUUCAGGGAACGCUCUGGAGUGAUCAGCAGCGUUAAUUUUCCCGCUCCUUAUCCAAAGAGCUCCAACUGCUCGUACCAAAUCGAGGUGGAGGAGGGAUUCAGGCUCCAUUUCCAGUUUGAUCCCCGCUUUGACGUGGAGGACCACCCAGACGUCACCUGCCCCUAUGACUACAUUAAGAUCCAAGCAGGAGGCAGAGAGUUCGGACCGUUUUGUGGAGAUCAAUCUCCUGGACUUAUCCAGACUGGCAGCAACGUCGUCUCCAUCCGAUUCCAUAGUGACGGAUCUGGAGAAAACCUUGGCUGGAGGCUGAGCUACACCGCUGAGGGAAGUCGGUGUCCAGUACCUGAGGCUCCGCCCAAUGCUGUUAUGGUCCCCGUCCAAUCAGAGUACUCCUUCAACGAUCACGUGGUAUUCAGCUGUCAGCCAGGGUUCCUCCUGCUCCAGGACGGUGGGAUGUUGGAUCGUCUGCAGCUGGAAUGUCAGGCUGACGGUUCUUGGAGCGGCCCUCCUCCUCAUUGUCACAUGGUGGAUUGUGGGAAUCCUAAGAAUGUCGAAGGAGCUAUUGUGAUCUUUGGUAACCAUGACAACAGCACGCUUUUUGGAGCUACGGUUCAUUACGUCUGUGUGGAGGACGGUGUGCUGCAGAGUAACAGUUCAUUCAGGUGUGGACCCACCGGUGAGUGGGUGGAUGCUGAAGGACGAGUAGAGGAACCCAUCUGUCUGCCAGCCUGUGGCCUCCCGUCCCGUUCCCUCCCUCCUCAGGUGAAGCGCAUAGUCGGUGGUCGGAGUGCUGAGCCCGGCCUUUUCCCCUGGCAGGUCCUGCUCAGCGUGGAGGAUCUGUCCCGGGUCCCUGAGGACCGCUGGUUUGGCUCCGGGGCUCUGCUUUCCGAGUCCUGGAUUCUAACUGCUGCCCAUGUCCUGCGCUCCCAGAGGAGGGACGCGAGCGUUGUUCCGGUGGUCCCGGAUCAUGUUAAGGUGGUCCUCGGCCUCCACAGCAUUAGAGACAAACAUCUGUCCACCAGCCGUUCUGUUGACCAGAUCUUCCUCCAUCCGGACUUUCAGCCCAACAACUACGACAACGACAUCGCCCUGCUGAGGCUGAGCCAGAGGGUGGAGUUUAACCGACUGAUUCGACCCGUCUGUCUGCCACCAGCUCACAGAGAGGACCAUCCUCCGUCCCUGCUGCCCCACUCUCUGGGUCUAGUCGCUGGUUGGGGGAUAUCCAAUGCUUCCUCCACCCCAUCCAUGUCCCUGCUGACCUCUGACCUCUUGCAGUACGUCAAGCUGCCAGUUGUCCCUCUGGAUGAGUGUCGGGCCAGCUAUGCUUCGCGCUCCAACUACUACAACAUCACGGACAACAUGUUUUGCGCCGGCUUCUUCCAGGGGGGGAAGGACACCUGCCUGGGGGACAGCGGGGGGGCGUUCGUGAUGGAGGUGAAGCGGAGGUGGGCUGUGUUUGGCCUGGUGUCCUGGGGCGGUCCCGAGGACUGUGGCAGUCAGAGGGUCUAUGGCGUGUACACCCGGGUGGAAAAAUAUGUGGACUGGAUUCAGAGCCACGUUCACACUGCCCCCUGGUGAUGAGACAGAGGAUUGCAUCUCACUCUACCUUCUUCUCUGCAACACUCCCCUCUGGACUGGUGUUCAAUCAGUUUAUCUCCAUGUCAAAGAUCCCACCCUUCCCCUCUAUAUUAUAUCUGUGUAAAUCCUCUACAAAUUCAGACCCGUAAAGGUACCUAGUCAUGCUAUAUGCUAGAUUGAAACAGACCAGAAUCCAGAUAAUGAUAAAAUAAGGCUAUGUAUCCAAACCGUUCAUCCUGAUGGUGUUUGCAUAAUCUUUUUUUUUAGCCUAAAUAGAACCUCCGCAACGGACAUGAUUAACUGACAUAGAGAGAGGCAGGGCCAUCUACUGGCAGCAACACUGAACUACAAGAAAGACAGAUGGUUGCCAUUGAUGUAGCUACUAGUAACUUUACAGCCACAUCAGAAAGCUUCCUGAUCGUUAGCUCCAGCUUUAGUGAAUUCACUUGUCAAACUGUUUUCCAGUGUAACUCCAGUUUUAUCCUUCUUGGAAUCAAAUAUAUUCUUGUGCCUUUUUACACUUGAUCUUGGACUUUUCUUUUUUUAUUUUGUCGCAACUACAACUGGAGUUCCACACUUGUUCGACUCCAUUUCUUCUAC